AUGAAGAGCGCAGCCCGGUCCUACCUCCCGCAGAUACCUCGGCGGCGGAUCCCGCGCUGGUCUGCGGAGCAGGAGCCGCCAGGCGCCGCUUCUCCCGCGGAGCGGCGGAGGAGGCGCGACGGGGCCGGAGGGAGCGAGCGAGCGAGGCGGCGGGGGACGAGCUGCGGGGGAGCCGAGCGGGCGGCGCGGCCGGGAGAGGCGCAAGAAGGCGGCCCGGCCCCGGAAAGGCCCCGAGGCGUCCACGCGCAGCGGGGCUCCUCGGCCAAGGACGAACUAACCAACUGCGUCACCGAUCACUCGGCCCCCCCGUAA